CAGUGGGGUUCAGUCGAGUUAGAGAGAGAAACAAAGAGGCAUGUGGAGGAACUUAGAGAGAGAAAGACGCCCACAUAUUGCUCUCUCACUCUAAGUUAGAGAGAGAAACACCCCCACAUAUUCUCCCCUUCACUCUAAACCCGGCGGCUAUGCCCACUGCUCUUGCCUCAGUGUAAGAGCGAGAGUGUAGAGAGAGAAAGUAGGGAAGCACGGACUGUGAGGAACAUAGGGAAGACCCAGUUGAAAACCGGCGCUCAGAGCCCAAGCAGGUGUAAUCAGGGUGAAGAGAGAGAAAGUCGUCUAGAGAGAGAAAUAUCGAUGACCCAGGUGGUGGAACAGAGGUGAGAGGACCUUAUGUGAGGUGGGUUGAUCAAAGGUGCGAGCUUUAUAGAGAGAGGAGAUGGUGGGUCUCGCGCCGUGGCCGGGUUCGAGCUCCUGGCGAGCUUGGGGCUCGAGCUGUGUCCCCUGAUGUGAGAGAGAGUGCCAUGGAGGAGUGAGAAACGGGCUUUCUCUCUCAUGGCGAGCACCCCUGGUUUCGAAGACGAUGUCUCUACAAAAGCAGUGCUCAAGCGCUAUGAAGGCUUGACGACUGUCCGCUCGAAGGCCAUUAAAGGCAAGGGAGCUUGGUAUUGGGCUCAUCUCGAGCCCAUCCUGGUUCAAAACCAGGACACUGGAGCGCCCAAAGCUGUAAAGCUUCGAUGCUCUCUCUGCAACUCUCUCUUCUCUGCUUCCAACCCUUCGAGAACCGCUUCCGAGCACCUAAAGCGAGGAACUUGCCCCAAUUUCACUGCAAAUCUCCCAAAACCUCUCUCUAGCUUCCCCACCAUUCGCCCCAUCUCACCAUCUUCCCUCUCUACCCCAACUGCUACCUCUUCUCACCACUCUAGAAAGAGAAACCCCGUUCACCACCAUCAGCAUUCUCAGCCCCAACCUCUCGCCAUGGUCGAAUCCUCUCGAUUUUGCGAGGUGGUUUACCCCACCCCUCUGAUGCUAUCGGGUGGAAAAGAGGAUUUGGGUGCUCUUGCUAUGCUUGAGGAUAGUGUGAAAAAGCUCAAGAGCCCAGGUGGUAAGGCCUCUCCAGGCCCUGUUCUCACCAAAAACCAGGCCGAAACAGCUUUCAACCUUCUCAGUGAUUGGCUCUAUGAGUCUUGUGGUGGUGUGUCUCUCUCUAGCCUCGAGCACCCUAAAUUCAAGUCCUUUCUCUCUCAUCUAGGUGUCCCCCCGAUUUCUCGUAAGGAAAUUGCAGGCCCAAGGCUUGAUGCGAGGUAUGAAGAGGUGAAAAACGAAUCGGAAGCGAAGCUUAGAGACGCCAUGUUCUUUCAGGUCUCUUCUGAUGGUUGGAAACCGAAACCCCAUUUCUCUUCUCCCUUCUCUUCUUUUGGAGAGAACUUGGUUUCGAUCACAGUUAACCUCCCUAAUGGAACCAGUCUUUUUAGAAAGGCAGUUUUCACUACUGGCUCUGUUCCUUCAAAUUUUGCAGAGGAAACACUUUGGGAUAGCGUAAAUGCAAUUUGCAAUGGUGGGGUUGUUCAGAGAUGUGUUGGUAUAGUUGCCGAUAGGUUCAAAGCCAAGGCUUUGAGGAAUUUGGAGUCUGAAAACCAUUGGAUGGUGAACCUUUCUUGCCAAUUCCAAGGGUUCAAUAGCUUGAUCAAGGAUUUUGGCAAACAGCUCCCUUUGUUUCGAAAAGUAGCUGAGAAUUGCCUAAAAAUCGCAAAUGUCUUUAACUCGAAAGCUCAAUUGAGAGCUGGGUUUGAGAAGUCGCAGUUGCAGGAGCUUGAUCAGGUGGGGCUGAUCAGAGUCUUGCCAGAAAACCAUUUAUCAGGUGGGUUUUCUGGCGAAAACUUCCCUCUGAUUUGCCCCACUUUAGAGGACAUCAUGGCCACUGCUCGAGCUCUGCAACUUGCUGUAAUGGAUGACUCCUUUAAGCUUCUUUGCUCACAGGAUCCUCUUGCCAGAGAAGUUGCAGAUAUAAUUGGAGACAUGGGUUUUUGGAACGAAUUAGAGGCAGUUCUUUCUCUCACUAAGUUGGUCAAGACAAUGGCUCAAGAGAUCGAAACCGAGAGGCCUUUAGUUGGGCAAUGCCUGCCAUUGUGGGAGGAGCUUCGCACCAAAGUGAAAGAAUGGUGUGUCAAGUUCAAUGUACAGGAGGGGCAAGUAGAGAAAGUAGUGGAGAAGAGGUUCAAAAAGAAUUAUCACCCAGCGUGGUCAGCUGCUUUCAUACUCGACCCUCUCUAUCUCAUCCGUGACGCGAGCGGUAAGUAUCUCCCUCCCUUCAAAUGCCUCACACAGGAGCAAGAGAAAGAUGUUGAUAAGCUUAUAACUCGAUUAGUUUCAAGAGAAGAAGCUCACAUUGCUUUAAUGGAGCUCAUGAAAUGGCGCUCUGAAGGUCUCGAUCCUUUAUAUGCACAAGCUGUUCAGGUUAGACAGAGAGACCCUAUUACCGGUAAGAUGAAAAUAGCAAACCCACAAAGUAGCCGGCUGGUUUGGGAAACUUGUUUGAGUGAGUUCAAGUCUUUGGGGAAAGUAGCAGUGAGACUAAUCUUUCUUCAUGCUACUUCCACUGGUUUUAAGUGUAAUUGGAGCUUAUUGAGGUGGGUUUACACGCAUGGGCAUUCGAGGUUGGGAAUGGAGAGAGCUCAAAAGAUGAUAUUUAUAGCUGCUCAUUCAAAGCUUGAGCGUAGAGACUUCUCGAGCGAGGAGGAGAAGGACGCUGACCUCUUUGCGAAUGGUGAGGACGAAGUGCUAAAUGAGGUUUUCGUGGAUCAAUCUGUGUAACAUUUGUAGGAUUUAUUUGAAUUCUUUCUCUUACUCUUCUUUCUUUCUCUUAAUCUUAUGUCUCUGUUGCCCUUUCGUUUAGGGGGUACUUUUUUACUGAUUUAGUUAAUGGGUGGGGAGGAGCCCUAGGCUCUUUGUGAUGUUUAACCAGAGGAGGGAUUGGGGGGUAGGGGGACAAUAGAGCUUUCCCCACCCAAACAUGAUUUUGGGUUUAUUGAGUUUGCUAAAAAACUCCUGUUGUUUAUAGAAACAAACAAGAGAUAGAAUGUUGAAGAAAACAGAUGUAGCCUUUUGAUCCCUAGAGGACAUUAAUAAUAAUUAUGUGGAGGGAAGGUUCUUCCUUGGUUUGA